AUGGAGGCUGAGAAAGAAAAAGGACGAAUGAGAGAAGACAUGAUCAAAGAGCUGCGUUCUCACAAACUUCUUCUGCAGCAACACGUGGACAAACUGGAAGAACUCCUAAAGCUGCAGACGCAGAAGGAGGAGCAUAAAUGGAUGAAGAAGAUGUGGAAAGGUGACCCUUGUUAUGCCAGUCAUGGGGUUAAUGGGACCCUUUGCUCCAUCUUCAUCUACCUCAACAGAGUCGUGGUGUCCUCUACUCCCAGGUCGAGUGAAACAUGCACUCCGUUGGAAACCCCUAAGAUCCUGCUGCAUCCCGGUGUGGUGACGGAUGAAUCUCAUCUUAAAAUAACCGAAACCGCUUUCAGUGGGGGCCCCCUUGGAGAACUGGUCCAGUGGAGUGACCUCAUUUCCACCCUUCACAUCCUGGGCCACCACCUUCACCUGUCUGCCUCUCUAUCUGACCUCAAAGACUUUUUGGGGGUGAAAAGCAACUGCCCAGCUCGUCGUUCAAAGAUUGAAGCAGACUUGAUCUAUACAGACAUUAUCGGCUUUCAACAGAUAAAGAAAGCACUACAGGGAUCCUGGAUUCAAUACAAGUGCAUGUUCCGUGUGUUGGACUCUUUUGGCACUGAGCCAGACUUCAAUCAUGCAGCUUGGGCCCAAAAGCAAAACCUUAAGAGUCCUUUUGGCCGCCUCAGUCUGAUCCCAAUGCAGUUCUACACCAUGUUCCCCCACACACCAGACAACACAUUCCUGGGCUUUGUGGUGCAGCACCAGCUGAGUGAUAAUGAAGCUGAGCAGCUCAAGUCUAACAAAAGACUAAACCAGGCACUCGUGUAUGGGAAGAGUGCUACAUUUUGGGAGGGGAAAGAGGCCUAUCUAGAUGUCAUCCAUAAAUACAUGGAGAUCCAUGCAACGGUUGACAACAGCACUCGGAUUCCGAGCUACGUAAAGAACCACGGUAUUAUCAAAGGCACCGAGGUUCAGACCCUGUUGAGACAGAGCAAGGUUUUUGUUGGACUGUCUUUCCCAUACGAAGGCCCCGCCGCAUUGGAGGCCUUAGCCAAUGGCUGUGCUUUCCUGAACCCCAGGUUACACCCUCCACAGAGCAGCCUGAACUCCCAGUUCUUCAAGGGAAAGCCCAACAUCAGAGAGUUGACAUCCCAGCAUCCUUAUGCCGAGGCCAUAGGAGAGCCCUAUGUGUGGUUGGUGGACAUGCACAACUCCACAGAUGUGGAAAGAGCUCUCACUGCCAUCCUCAAUCAGACUAUUGAGCCUUACCUUCCAUAUGAGUUUACCUGUGAAGGGAUGCUCCAGAGGGUCAACAUCCUGAUUGAAAAACAGGAUUUCUGCCACGGUCCAGGGAGCUGGCCUCCACUCAGCGCGCUCAAGAUUGUGGAAGCAAAGUUUGGCACUUCAUGUAAACAGGCUUGUCAGGAUGCAGGGCUCAUCUGUGAACCUGCAUUUUUCCCUCACAUCAACAAUGCCAAGAGCCUUUCCAACUACAGCGCCGAUUGUCAAGAAUCGGAGCAGUCUGACAGAAGUUUGGUGUUUCCAGCCUACUCAAACACUGCCAGUGGCAAACACUGUGUGUUCCAGUCUGAUCCCCUGCUCUUCAGCUGUGUGAGAUCACACAAGUCUUUGAUCCGUAUCUGCCCCUGUAGAGACUACAUCAAGGAUCAGAUAGCCUUAUGCAGGGCUUGUGUGUAAUGGCUGGAUGGAAAACAAUAAACUCUCUAUGCACCUUAGAAACAAUCAGGAAUCAAAGGAAAGGAUUCUCUUGUAUAUGGACCAUCCAAGAAGCUGACAGCAGGAAGUCUCCAGGCUUGAUUCUUGGCCUUUUUUUUUGUGAUGAGAUUGAGAUGACAAUAACUUAUGUGGCUUUUGUCUGAGCGUCCAGACUCAGUAGUGGAUCAUUCAAAGUGCAUCUUGAAUAUAGCCAAGAGAC